GUGAUUUAUGAUUUACCAUCACGUCAGUGUGUGGUAUGAUCAAAGAGCCAAAUACUGUUUUUAUCUGGUGAUGAUUAGUAUACAAAUAAAACCAGUUGCUAGCAGAAGAUGACAGUUCCUUUCCUGAUACGUUGUCUGCCUAGGGCGGUCUCAUAUCGUCAUCGAGACUUUGCCUACAGAUGGGGUAUCUUGUUCUUUACUUUUAUAUGCUACACUAGCUAUCAUCUCUCUAGGAAACCAAUUAGUGUUGUUAAGAGUGUUUUACAUCAUAAAAACUGCAGCACAGAGCCCCAUGGCAAAAAUGUUAACACAAGCAAUCCCUACUGGUGUGACUGGGCUCCAUUUAAUGUUAAGGACUACAAGGAUCUUCUCGGAGCACUAGAUUUGUGUUACCUUUUUUCGUAUGCUGUUGCUAUGUUCCUCAGUGGUCAUAUAGCUGACCGUAUGAACCUGCGCUACUACCUGUCGGGGGGUAUGAUUCUCAGUGGUGUUUUCACUGUUGCCUUUGGCCUUGGCUAUUACUAUGAUGUCCACACCCUCCCAUUUUACAUUGCUAUGCAGAUCUUAGGUGGAAUUUUUCAAGCCACUGGCUGGCCUGGUGUUGUUGCUUGUGUAGGGAACUGGUUUGGUAAAGGAAAACGAGGCCUUAUAAUGGGUAUCUGGAAUGCACAUACAAGUGUUGGGAAUAUACUUGGCUCGGUUAUAGCAGGCGCAUUUGUAGAGGAUGAAUGGGGGAUGUCUUUUGUUGUUCCUGGUCUGAUCAUUAUAGCUGUUGGUGUACUGGUGUUUCUCUUCCUUGUUCCGCAUCCGCGAGAUGUUAACUGUGAACCACCUGACCAUUCUGAUGCUACCAAAGUUAUGACAAGAAGCGGGGCUGAGUCUAAAGAAAAUCUAGAGCAAAGUGUGUUGAUAGAGAACAAUGAAUCUACAGCUUUAAUAAGUAAAGAGCAGCCAAUUUCUAUAUUAAAAGCAUUGUCCAUACCAGGUGUCAUUGAGUUUGCACUGUGCUUGUUUUUUGCUAAAUUAAAUUCAUACACAUUUUUGUACUGGCUGCCCAACUACAUAUCAGAAAAAACCACUGUUUCGCCAUCAGACGCAGCCUACACUUCUACAAUAUUUGAUGCUGGUGGUAUCAUUGGUGGUGUUUUAGCCGGAGUUAUCUCAGACAGAUAUCGCAUGCGUGGUUUGACGUGUGCAUUGUUCCUUGUGGUUGCUGCCCCUCUGUUAUUUAUAUAUAAUCAAUAUGGAAGUGUUGUACCUUUCUAUGCAAAUUGCCUAAUGUUGGCUGUAUGUGGGAUAGGUGUGAAUGGCCCUUAUGCUUUGAUCACAACAGCAGUGAGUGCUGACCUAGGGACACACAAAUCUGUCCGGGGAAAUGCUAAAGCUCUAGGCAUGGUCACUGCCGUCAUUGACGGUACAGGAAGUAUAGGUGCUGCUAUAGGUCCCAUGUUGACAGGAGUUGUCUCCUCCACUGGAUGGGAAAAUGUUUUCUACAUGUUGAUAGCAGCAGAUUUGGUUGCAGCUCUUUUGCUGAUACGAGUUGUAAUCAAAGAAAUUUACCAAAGAAGAGGUGGCGAGUUGGAUAUCAGAGUUGUCAUUUUACCAAAAAUGACAAGGUUUAGGAUUGUAAGUUUUGGGCUUAUAAUUAUAUUCAUCUUUGGCUUUAUAUUUCAUAAAUAUUCAUAACAUGAGGCACUGUGGGAUCUUUCUAUGAUUUUAUUUAAAACCACACCAUUUUAUGUUGCAUUUAUUUUACUGUCCUGUUGAUUUGUUGUUACAUUAACAAAUUAUCUUUGUAUAGAUUGUUUCAGACAAUUGACCCAUAUAAAACAAAUCAUUUAAACAAGUUAAAAAAAAUUAUGUAUUGCCUUACAUCUAAUAACAUGAAUAUUUGGCUUAUUAUUUAUUUUUUGGCAAUGCAUUCUGGGAAAUUUUAUUUAUUUAUUUUGUUUAGUUUUUGCUUGUAGUACUGCUUAAAUUUUUACUGUAAUCUAGUGAUACAAAUUAAUUACAUGAUUUAGUUAAUUACAGAAAUAAAAACAAAAAUCGUGGCAGAUGGUAUUUUAAAAAUAUUAAAAUAAAAAUUGCAGUCAUAAUUUAAUUCAUGCAUUCAUUUAUUGAAAAUAUUUUAAAAGCAAAGGUAAAUCAGUUUUAUCACAUAAAAAAAUAUUUUUAAAUAUUUAUAACUUGAAAUGGAGUUUUGAUGUACAAGGAAGUUAAUAGUACUGUAGGGUUUGAUUUCUACAGUUGCUUGAUCUAUUUCUGCAGUGAAAUAGAAUAUCGAAAACAAUUCUUGCUUAGAAGAAUAGGAGAGUAGUAUUUUAUAAAGGUCAGAAAAUAUAGGCUUAAUAUAAAAAUUACUGUUAUGAGCUGAUUUAAUACUGCUGCUUCAACUGGUAACUGCUACCUAAGUAUUCAUGUAUAUAAAUCUUCUUAAUUUUGAAUCCUCAUUAGAACAGCCAUUUUAUUUCUAAAAUAGAAUGUUAAUAUACUUAAAAUAAAUAGGUAUUUAAAGGAAUUAAUGUACAAGGUGCCUUCAUUGAGAAAAAAAUAAAAUAAAUAGAAAAUACUUUAUUUUGAGUUUUUUUACGAGUUAACUUAGCACAUUAUAUUUUCUAAUCCGAACAAAGAUUAUAAUGUCCUUUUUUUUCUCUGUUCUAUAUACUUAACUCACUUCCUCAGUACUAACUCAUUAACAUAGGUCUAGCUUUUCCUUAACGGUUAGGUCGACGGCUAACACUGCAGGAAAACAAUAACAUAAUGUUUUAAUUUUAAUCUAUUUAUACUAGUGGCUUUUUAGUUGAUACCAGUCAUAUAGCUCAACUUUUAAAGAAUAUCUUUUUGAAGUUUGAAAUUUUAAAUUUGUCUUAAAAUUG